AUGGAAGUUGAAAACGCAAAAUCGAUAACGACAGCUGCACCAGUGACCACCGCGGAAGAAGCAUGUUUCCGAGGUGAAGAAUUGGCCCUAUUGCACUUCAACUGGCUCCGAACCGACGAGCUGGGUGAGAUUGUUGCCAUGACGCCACGAUCAAAUCGCUCUCAAGAGCUUCCAGGUUUCGAGACAAGCCUUGUUCGAUCUUCUAUUGUCCUACCACCUUCACAAAGGCAUACGGGACGCAAAACACGCAAGGAGCAGAUCCAACAUCUUCAAAACGUUGUAUUGGAGCUCUCACGAAAACUGCAAGAUCUGCUGCUCGUGACCGCUAAACCGCAAGUGACAUCGAGUCCGGCACGUUCUAAAUCACCGUGGGAACGCCUUGCUACUCGGGAGCUAGAGAUGCGGCGAGAAGCAGAACGAGAAAACGCCAAACUAGCCGAAGCAAUAGCAGCGCAAAAGCGUACGAUACGCAACAUUAGGCGCUUACUCCGACGGAGGAUCGACCAUGAGCUGUUGAGAGACCUGCGCAACGCAAAGAAUCCUAUGCUGGGCAACAAGGAACAAGUCUUUGCUGAACUACUCCACCAAAGCGGCAAAGUUUACGGUGAUUUGGACAAGCUUUAUGCGGAGAACGGAAUGAAUUUGGUGCCUUGCCCGGGACGUACAAGACGACUUUACCCAGAUGCAGUUGAUGGCACUACUUUUGUAGAGUUCGAUGACAAUAACCAUGUCCCCUUUAGCUUUGCAAGAACUGAGCGUGCCGUCUGGGAGUUCUUACAAGGUACAAGGGUCCGUAAAGAUGUCCGAGUGUGUCUGAAGGAUGAUCAGCAGGCCGACGGAAUCUGCAAGAGUUGUGUCGGCUUUACUUACUCUGAACAUGGUUUAGCCUCGUACAUUUUGGAGCGGCGCGUCUCCCGUAAAUACGUCGAAGAGAACCGCACGGUGUUCGUCUGCCGUGCGAUGGUAGAACCUACCACAGCUGAGCACUGGUUUUCGAGUAUGCGAUUCUGUGAGACGAUGUCUAUUGUCGUCAGAACUGGUGAUCCUCUAUCUUCAGGCCAGGAAACGACUAUUAUUGAGAGUCAUAUUUCAGUGUCGAAGUUCUGUGAUCCAACCGCUCAACAACGGUGGCCUGAUUGCGUGGAAGCGACAGCAGACGGGUGGGAAUCGAAAGUUUCGUUCGCAAGUCAAGCGAUUGAGAAUUUGCUGUUUGAACGGACAUUGACAGCAAGUAGGUAG